UCAUACCCUCUUUCUCGCUGUAACUUCCUGAGACUUAUAAAAGUCACCAUGUCAGCCGAUGUACAAUGGGCAAUCAUCAGGAACAACUCCUGUUUCCUGUUGAAGGGAAACAAGAGAACCUUUAGUAUGGAACCCAACAAUUUGAAGGCUAUCAACUCCUUCCGCUACAAUGGCCUGGUAAGGAAGAAGACAAUUGGUGUAGAACCAGCCAAGGAUGGCAAGGGUGUUGUCUUGGUUACACGAAACCAGUCUGGAUGGAGGAAACCUUGUAAGAGCCACACUAAGAUGGAGCUGAAGAGAGAUCCAAGACGUGUGGUGAACACCAUCAGGAAGACCAUUGGUAAUAACAGAUACAGGAAGGACCUCAAGAUGGCUGCUAUCCGUCGUGCCAGUGCCCUCCUCAGGAGCCAGAAGCCUGUGGUCGUCAAGUCGACAAGAAAAACCAAGAGUUAGAAGUCUUGAGUGUACAUAGAGGCUAAUAAAAUGUGGUAAAAAG